AUGCUGGGUCGAAUUGUUAUUACUAACUUUUUUGCUUUGCCACCAAUUCCGCCAUCACUAUUUUCCGUAUAUGAAGUUAAAUCCAUACCACAUUUUCAUAAAAGACAUUAUGUUCGUCUGAAUAACUUACCCAUUUAUGUUGGACAAAAUCGAGCUGAUAAUACUUACAUUGAGCGGUACUCAGCAGAUGUUGCAGCAUGUAAAUUUGGAUCUGUCAUUACGUGUCGCGAUAAUCAACUGGUUACAGAUGAAAUAGCUAAUCCGUGUCUUGCCGAAAUACUCAAUGAUCAACAGUUAAACCAAUGCCAUCCAGAACGAUUGUCACCUAUGCCCCAUUUUGUAAGACAACUAUCUGGCUCAUUAUGGGUUGUGUCCAUCAACUCAAGUAUUACCUGCAUCAAAUAUACUGAUAAAGCAUCCAAAUCACCAGGCAAAGCACGGAAGUAUUAUAAUGAACCACUUCCACUAUCUCCGGUUUCGAUCGUAAAUGUUUCACAUGGCACAACAAUAAAAUGUCCGAGUAAUCCCGGUUUUGACUUAAGCGCCCCGUCGCUUCCCUCUCAGUCAACGUCAUAUGUUAUUCUACAAAACGGAACACUGAACAGUCCAGAAAAUGAGAUAUUUGACAUGGUGAAAAGUUUGAAUAGUUCUAGUGUAUGGGAUAAUUUACCGUAUUUACAAGACGACGUUGAUAAUAUUAUAAACUUUAUUAAUCAAGUACCAAAAUCAGAGCCAACUCAGUGA